AUGGCUGUGGCCGCGGCCCUGGAUGGAGUCCAGGCGGAAGCCAGACGCCCGGUCUGUCUGGAGGGCCUGAGAGACCCCGUCACCGCUGAGUGUGGGCGCAACUCCUGCCGCUCCUGCAUCCAGCGGUCCCGGGCUCACCUGGAGGACAGGCUCCCCUGCCCCGUGCGCCGCCACCCGUGCCAGGAGCGGCAGGCGAGGAGCAACGCCCAGCUGGGCAGGAUGAUCCCGGCGGCCAGGCUGCUGCAGAGCAGCCAGAGCACCCGGAGGAGGAGCGAGGAGCCGCCCUCUGCGGCGAGGAACACGCGGAGGUGCUGCGUCUGUGCCCUGUGCGCACGGACCCCUGAGCACCAGGGCCACUUGGUGAGGCCGGUGGGCGAGGCCGCGGCUGGCCACCGGCAGAGGCUCGGCGCUCACGUGGAGCCUUUGGAGAGGCGGGUGGCAGGUGUCCACAGCCUGGUGGCCGCGCAGGACAGAAAGCUGCGGGAGCUGGUGCAGCGCCAGCGGCUGGAGCUGGCCUCGGAGUUCCGGCAGCUGAGCCGCGCUGUGGACGGCGAGCAGGAGGCCGUCCUGGCGAGGCUGCUCCAGGAGGAGCAGGACAUCCAGGAGCAGCUGGGCGCCAACGUCACCGCCUUCUCGGACCACAUCUGCGAGCUGCGGGGCCUCCCGCACGAGGUGACGGAUAGAAGCGUGCUGCCUGGAGCCAGGCUGCUGAGCGGCAUCGGGGGCGCCCUGGGCAGGGGCGAGCGUCUGAGGCUCCCCGACGUCUGCUCCUUGCAGCUGAGGCGGGAAGGCUGCAGCCUCGCCUCGCCGCACUCGGCUCUGCAGAAAAUCAUUCAGACGUCCCGGGAGGACGUGACACCCUGGACCCCGAGACGGCGCAUCCCAACCUGCUCGUGUCCGAGGACAGAAAGUCGGUGACAUUUGCGAGGAGCAGGCAGCUCUUUCCCCCAAGCGCGCAGAGAUUCUGCCCGGAGCCCGCUGCGCUGGGCUGGUGGGGCUUCGCCAGCUCCAAGCAGUACUGGGAGGGGCGGGCGGGCGGGGCCGCGUGGGCCGUGGGCGUCUGCGCAGACUCCGCUCCCAGGAGCGUGGGCCGUGGGCAUCCGCGCAGACUCCGCCUCCAGGAGCGUGGGCCGUGGGCGUCUGCGCAGACUCCGCCCCCAGGAGCGUGGGCCGUGGGCGUUCGCGCAGACUCCGCCUCCAGGAGCGUGGGCCGUGGGCGCCUGCGCAGACUCCGACCCCAGGACCGGCGCGGGGCCCCUGGAGAGACAACCGCCUCCGGACUGCGGGGCUGCGCCGAGGGGAAUGUGAGGCCCGCGGGCCGGGGAGCGCCGUUCCGCUGGAGCUGAAGGAGGAGGCUGCCGGGAGCGGAGAAUGGCGUGAGAGAGGAUGGUCACGUCCCAGGUCUCAGAUAUCUUCAGAUCAACCCUUCUUGAUCGGCAGAUCCAUGAAACUUGCAGAGCAGAGAAAUUUGUUCUAAGAAUUGGAGAACUCCCUGAGGCUGGAGCGAGCAUUUGGUGGCAUG